GAACAGAAGGGCGUGUGUUAUUAAUAAUCAUCCGAGCAGAAAGUCCCACAGUCUUCUGACAGCGAGCAGACGAGGAAGCGCAGCGCUGCGGAGAGGACAGAUUCAUCGCUUGUCGCGGCGCGGCGCGGUGCGUGGGUUACACAUCUGCGCGGUCGUUAUACAGCGUGACUAACCGGAGCUUUGACGCAGUGGAUUGUUUCGUGGGAAGCUUCUUCAUCUGAUCCGAGCUGAUCGAUCCGCGGCUCUUCCUCGCGUUAUAUCGACCUACACACAAUUUAAUGCUGAGGACUUCUGAAUGCCCUUCCAAACUCGAACAGCUCAGAUAAUUAGUUUUCCCCCGCAGUGGAUGGCUGAAAACGUGCAGCUCAGAUAAUUUCUCGGCGUAUUAUGUCUUGUGAGGAAUCUGUCUUGCUGUUUCAAUGACGGGUAAGAUGGAAACGCCUUUCUAUCACGAUGAUAGCGUUCCCAACUUUGGGCAAAUUCCAGAUUACGAUCGAUACCAAGGCCACAAGAUUAUGAGCAAGAAGAACAACAUGCCGCGUCAUUUCUCCCACAGCCUGGGAAACGCCUCGAGCCUCAAACUCAACAGCCCCAGCGGUCUGGGCAUGAGCGGCAAUCCCAACGGCUCGCUGAUGUCUUCUCCAGACAUGAACCUCCUGAAGCUGUCCUCUCCAGAUCUGGAGCACCUGAUUAUCCAGUCUAACCAGGGACUGGUUACUACAAGCCCGGCUCCAAACGCGUCUGCUAAUCCCUUCAUGUACCGAAACCAGGCCACGAACGAGCAGGAGGGAUUCGCAGACGGCUUCGUCAAAGCUCUGGCCGAUCUGCACAAGCAGAACCAGCUGGUGGGGGCCCCCAUGUCGCCCUCCUCCUCCAUCCAGGGCUCCUACCAGAGGAACCUGAUGCCGGGCGCAGACAUGCCCAUCUACACCAACCUGAGCAGCUACAACCCCAACCAGCUGCCCUCCUCUUACCCCGGCGGCCAGAUGGCCUACGCCUCACCCCACGGCCCUCAGACUCGGGGCCCGGACGCUCCGCAGACGGUGCCCGAGGUCCCUCACCCGCCCGGGGCCGACCCGGCCAGCUCCCCGCCCUCACUCUCUCCCAUCAACCUGGAGACCCAGGAGCGGAUCAAGGCGGAGCGCAAGAAGCUGCGGAACCGCAUCGCCGCCUCCAAGUGCCGCAAGAGGAAGCUGGAGAGGAUCUCGCGGCUGGAGGAGAAGGUCAAGGUGCUGAAGACGCAGAACUCGGACCUGGCCUCCACCGCCAGCAUCCUGAGAGAGCAGGUGGCUCAGCUCAAACAGAAAGUCAUGAAUCACGUCACUAAUGGCUGCCAGAUCGCCGUCAGCUCAGCCGGCAUGGCCAAGAGUGGCGAGAGCACCAGCUGCUGAAACCACAAGACUUUCUCUUUAUCUCCUGGCUGCACUCUCACGCUCAUUCUCUGUCUCUCUCAACCCCGUCCCAGAAAGCGGAGAAGGGGCGAGACCCGUCAGAGACGCGCGAGAGCAACCCUGCUUUUCUUUAGGAAUGUCCUUCUUGAAAACCUGCACAUGCUCCCAAAGUACUGAGUGCGUUCUUCGACCGUUCUUUGGACUUGAAGUUGUUUGGGUCAGUUUUUUGUCGAAAAGGCCAAAGCGACAGGGAUGCAAAUGCACUGCGGGUGGGAUGAUCACAAAGGGAACAAAAACUCAUGUAGGAAUUCUGCCCUUGAAUACUUUUCUUUUUUUCUGCUUUUACACCCCGGCUUGUAACCGAGAUUUUUCACUUCAAGCGGACGGAAAAUUUGCUCACAUUUUUUUUCUUUAUAAUCAGCGUCUUGUUCGACCGAUGGACGGACUUUAUAUGUUUUAGGGGUUUGUGUUUAUAAAAUUGUUGAACAACAUGCACUAUUAUGCAAACUUUUCUCCAAAGCACCUGACGGACUCUUACACACGUGGAAGAGAACCGAUCCCUUUAUACUGCUUUGAGAUGUCACCUGUGUUCUAGUGGAAAUCUCUUGGUUUAAUCUGUCACCUUGUCUUAGUAACAACAUUACAGCAUAUGUUUGUUCGUUCGUUGGUUGGUUUGAUAUUGUGCAAUUUGUGAAUAUGAGGAAAAAAUAUUUUAUAGAAACCAAGACUUUUUUUAAAAAGUAUUACAUUACUGUUUAAUAUCGCAACAUUAUAAGCAAAGAGACAUCUGCGGAUAAAGGAUUGUGGUAUUGUGCAAAACUUUAAUGGCACCUUUGGCCGGUUUUGAGUUGGGAAUUUCCUGAGCAUUCCGAGACCUUUUGCACUGUAGUCUCCCGUCAGGAGAUACGUCCUAAUAAUGGGUUGAUAGUGUGUUUUUGCCAUUAUCUAAUGAGUAUUAAUGCUGUGUUAACCUAGAGUAACGGUGUGGAAAAGCUACUCUGGACUAAAGAAAUCGAAAAAUGCACCAAGUCAAGAGUCAAAACUGACCUGAAAUCAGAACGACAACAAAAGGGCUUUUGAUCAAUAGUAUUUUGCAUUUUUUCUGUAUUUGAUUUGAUUUUUUUUUUUUUAAUGAAUUUUAUUUAUACAGAAUUUGUAUUUAUGUUGUUUUCUGAGGAGAGGAAAAAUAUGGUUGGAAUACUAGUGUCUUGUUGAAACUACACGAUUGCACAUAAAUCAGAAACAUUAAAUGAUGUGUAAUAUUUAUCCUCUGUGUAUAGCAUGACAGUUUGAACUAUAACUACAACUAUGUUUAUAGUAGAUAAAAAAAUAAUAAAUGAACAGAAUUCUGCAAGAUUGUGGGUAAUGCACCCAGACAUUGUUUUACGAGGCGAGCAGAAGUCCGCGCUCUACUGCAGACGUCAGAUCAGCUCGAUGAAGUCACGAGCUUCGCAUCGCUGCGAUAAACAACUCGUAGAAGGCCUGCUUUUGUGAAAACCAUCCAUGUGUUAAAGAGUCCUGUACGUCUGCCAGUGUUGCUACUCAGAACUGCUGUUCAAUGCCUUUCUUUUACAGUCAAUGGAGAUGCAGAUCAUUUUAUUUAUAUGUAUAUCCAUUUGGAGAUGAUUCGUAGGGAUACCUGAGACUGGUACUAGAACUGUCAAAUAACCUUGUGCAACAAGAAGAUAUUUAUUUUUUUGAAACUUGAAUAAGGAUUUUGAUGUCAGAAACGUAUUGUAUUUUUGUACAAAAUAGUUUUGAACGUUUUUGUGUACAGUGCCUACUGUAUUGCUUUGUAUCAUUCCAGUACUUUAUUUAUUGAAGUGGUUUUCCUGAUCAGUGUGGUGGUGUUUUAUUUGAGCUCGGCUCCAAGCGUUUCUGUGUUGCUGGUUUGUGUUCGUACACGCCUGCUGUUUGGUGCAUUUGUCCACCGCGUGCUCCAGCUUUUCCACUGGUCCUUGAUUUGUUCCUGAUUGUUCUGUGUUCCUCUAUUUAACCCUAACUUUAAGAGGGUUGCGAUCGAUCGCUCCCGUGUUUUUGUUGUUUCAUGGGACUGUAUGGCUGUGUUUUGAUCCAACUCUUAAGACUGAUUGCAUCGUUCAUUUUAAAAUGAAGAAA